AUGCCCAUCCAAACGGACCCCCUCACCUCCGAGCCAUACAUCCGCCUCCCGCCUCCCCUGUCACACAUCAUCGUAACCCCUCCACGCCUAACCGACCCGCAAACCUCGUCCAUAAUCAGCCCUGCGUCCCCUUCUCUUGCCUCGACCGACUCAAGAGACCAUCUCACCGUUCCCGCCGCCGACAUCGCCGCGCGCACCGCCGCACUCAACGACGUCGCCGUCUACGACUGGCUCGAGUCCCCACCAUACCCGUACAGCGCCGCGGACGCAGCCUCGUUCGUGCGCGGCGGGUUUGAGGAUUGUCGACGGAUAUUCACCACAUUGCACUCUCAACCAGAUGGCACGAAUGUAAGAGCGUGGGCAGACGGGUGUCCGUUUCGGGACAUCCGCGAUACAUCUGCCCUUGCUCCAACAAGCAAAGAUGGAGAAAGUGACGUGGCGCAGGCACCGCUGGUUGGCGAUGUAAUGUUGAGCCGCUACACGUACUACGAAAUCCAGCCGGCGGAGAGCAAUGAGCGGCGGGUCGCGCGGGAGCGGAAUGCUGCGUUGGAAGCGGGGGGUGAGGAGGUGGUAUGGGGGAUAGGUUUCUGGCUAUCGUCCACCCAUCAUAAAAAGGGUAUAAUGGCUAUCGUCGUCCAGACGGUGCUCAGCGAGUGGGCGAUUCCGCGGAUGAAUCUGCGGGUGCUCAUGGGCAGCGCGUUUGUGGGAAAUGCAGGGUCGGUUGCGGUGAUGCGCAAGUGUGGAUUUAAGGAGCUGCAGACGAUUGAGAAGGGCAGUGUGCUGUUGGCGGAGAGUAGGGGAGGGGGUAAGAGGGAUAUUGUGGUGUUGAGGUGGGAGAGACCUGGGAUUAGUUCUUAG